AUGAUUAAUCUCCGACGAUUAGUGCACACUUCCAGUCAGCUAGACCGUGGAAGGACAGCUUUCUACAAUAUCCACCAAAAAGUAACAGAUCCAGCAAAACAAGAUCCUGAUUUCUUCGAGAAAAAGGCCAGGGAACUACCUCUCGAUCAAAACUAUAUCGAUGCCCUCUCAAAGUUAUAUUAUGAGAAAAUUGGAAGCGAACGCGAUUUGGGCCUGAAAGCUGCCGACAAUUUGAUUCUCGAAAAAACUGAAUUUGGAUUGCCGCGAAUCGAAAAAUCGAAAAUCCGUGCAAAAUAUGAAGAUUUGGAUGUUCUCUCAAGUGCUCCAGACUCUGUGAAAAAGAUUUUCAGCGUUGAGAUGGCAACCAGAAAGGAACUAUCUCAAGAAUGGAAAAACAGUCUCAUCAAUUCUGUUCGUCAGCAUUCUUUAGAUGGAAACAGUCUCGAGAUGAAAAUUGCCUGGCUAACUGCUCUCAUCCGACAUUGGUCUCUUCUUGUGAACGAUAUUGGACAAGAGACAAAAAAGAAGCCUACUUGGUUGACUCAUCGAAUUUGGCUGGUGAUCAAUGAACGCAGAAAAUCGCUCCGAAUUCUUCGAGAACGCAACGAAACGGCAUUUGAAAAAACGAUCGCUGCUCUCAAAAUUUCUUAUCACGUUCCAAAACAACCAGCUCAUGUCAAGACCAGAAAGGCUUGGGCUGAAGCUCAGCUGAAGUUACGAGUAGAGAACGAGAAAGAGAAGCGUUUGGAGCAGUUGCACGAGGAGUACGACAAGCAAGUUGAAGAACAUAAAAGAGAAACACAAGAAAAGAAACGGACAUUGAAUAACGAGUUGAAUAAGCUGGCUGAAGAAAUGCAUCGAAUCGACGUCAUCGAAGGAAAAUCAUUCAAAACGGCGGGAAAAUACGAACCCUCAUUGAUUUCUUCGUUGACGGAGUCUGUCGUUCACUCGAACCUCUUCUACCAUCCUCCACCAACUAUGACGGAAAAAUAA